GCAGCUACAUCGAAUCUCGUCUGUGCACAAAAUAAUUCGAGAGUGUGUGUGUGAGAGUUUGAUUUCUUUGUCCAGUGAUCGAUCAACAUGGCCGCGGCGAAUGUAUCGUCGAUGUUUCAGUACUGGAAAAACUUCGAUUUGCCGCUUUUACAGAGGGAGCUAGAUACAACUGCUACGGAACUUGCUAGUCGUCAAGAUGAGAGUGAUUCAUCAAGGAAGAAGCUGGUGGAACAGAGCAGGGAAUUCAAGAAAAAUACACCAGAGGAUAUUCGCAAGUCUGUAUCACCCCUCCUGAAACUCUUCCAGUCUGAGAUUGAUGCUCUCUCUAAACGCAGCAAAGCAGCAGAAGCAUCUUUCUUAUCUGUGUAUAAGAAACUCAUUGAUCUACCAGAUCCUGUACCAGUCUUGGAGCAUAGUCUUAGCAUGCAGAAACGAGCUCAGAAGGCACUAGACCUAGAGGUUGAGAAUCAAAAGCUAAGAGAGACUCUGGAUGAAUAUAAUCAAGAAUUUGCUGAGGUUAAGAAUCAAGAGGUGACAAUCAAGAACCUUAGGGAGAAGCUUCGUGAUUAUGAGGAGCGAUUGGAGACGACUGCCCAAAGCAGAGCCAAAGAGAAAGAGAAAGAAUUACAACGAGAAUUUAUAGAAAAGGAGAGACAACUUCAGGAGACACAGUUGAAUGUUGCAACUAAGUUAGGAGAAGCUGAACUGAAAAUACAGACACUGCAAACUGCCCUGGAUGCCAGCCAGUCUGAACUGUUUGACCUCCGAGCAAAGUUUGAUGAACAGUCAGCUGCAAAGUCCGAUGAAGUGGACAUGUUAAUGACUGACUUGGAGAGAACCAAUCAACGGAAUGCAGUGAGUGAGAAGGAAUUGGAGACAGUUAGAACUCAGUUAGCGUCAGCAACACAGGCUUUACAGCAAGCAGAGCAGAUGCAGAAAGCACCUAGUGUGGAGCAGGCGAUUGAUAUUCUAACAAGAUCUAGUCUAGAAGUUGAGUUAUCUGCAAAGGAAAAAGAGAUCUCUCAACUUGUGGAGGAUGUUCAGAGACUUCAAGCGGCUAAUGCUAAGCUUAGAGACAGCUCAGCAAACCAAAUACAGAAACUAGAAGAACAAUUGGGUCUCAAGACGGCUGCCUUACAGAAACUGGAAGAGCAAUCUCGAAGCAGGGGUGACUACGAUGAGAUUAAACGAGAGUUGAGUGUUCUGAAAUCCAUAGAGUUCAAUGCUCAAGGAAGUGAUAUGUCAGAAAGUGGAGACCCCAAUGAUGGAACAGCCACCCCUAAAUCUCUAGAAAUGUUGCUUCUAGAGAAGAAUCGGACUUUGCAGUCAGAGAAUACAACACUCAAGGUCACCAAGGCAGAUGUCAACAGUCCUGGGGGGAUAUCACAGGCGCAGGCGUUUGCAUCUCUAAUUGGUCAGGAAGUAGCUGCUGCUUAUAGUCAACAGGUAUUAUAUGCACAGCAGCAGUCACAAAGUGGAUCCCAGAUCAUCCAACCUAUCAUCGUAAUCCCACCAUCAUUUAGCAACUCUAGCAGCUCUCCAUUACAACACUUACACAUGCUACAACAACAACAGCAGCAACAACAACAUGCACAGCAAUCACAGAGUACCCCAUCCAGACCACGUACCCCUAAAUCUGAACAAGUUAACCCAGCGGUAUCCAAUCAUGAAUGGUUAGAUACUGUUCAGAUUGCUAGGAGAGUUAAAGAAGUACUGACUGAACAUAAUAUUGGCCAGAGGAUAUUUGGAGAGCAUGUUCUUGGUCUAAGCCAGGGAUCAGUCAGUGAUAUUCUGUCAAGGACUAAGACAUGGGAUAAGUUAACUCUGAAGGGUCGAGAGCCGUUUAUCAAGAUGGUGCAGUUCUUAUCAGAUAGACAAUACGUUGAGCAACUCAAAAUACUCUCAUCUCACAAGAAAGGUAAAGAAAUGAUAUCCACAGUGCCUCCUAACGGUGUUGCAUCAAACAGUGCAGUGACCCACAGUGGUAGUGAUACUACCCCUGCCCCAAUGCUCAAAACAUCAACAGAGGAAGCCAUUAAUAACAUUCUGGCUUUAGCAAAGCAAGAGAUGGAAAGUAAGAAUGUUGUGCCAGGUAUGGUUCGACCUGGUGACAGACGCUGUGAUAACCCUAACAUCCACACACACUCUACACAUAGACAGAAAACACCUCCAGCUCACUCCUGGCCUAGUAAUGGAGGCAGUCCUUCUCGCCAUAAUGGACAGAACAUUAAACUAGAACGAUCUAAAAGCUCCUCCUGUGCCGUAACGCCAUCCAAUCAACAGGUUGAAGAAUCCUACACCAAUGGAGUGUCAUCAGAAAGCGCUGAUGAAGGUUCAUCAUCUAGAGAUGAGAUGAAUGAUAUCAAAUCAUCCUUCAUGUCAAUCAACCCAAGGAUGCCUCGUCGCAUAAUGGCACCAUUAACUGUCCAACAAUAUGAGAUCAAUAAAGAACUAGAUACACUGGAGAUUGCUAGACAGGUUCGAGAGCGUUUAGCAAAAGGGAAUAUUCCACAGAGAGUGUUUGGCUACCAUGUGAUUGGAUUAUCUCAGGGUAGUGUGAGUGACAUCCUCUCUAAGCCUAAGAGAUGGGAUAAGUUAACAGUGAAGGGACGAGAGCCAUUUAUUAGAAUGAAACUAUGGCUAGAAGAUCCUGAUGGACUUAUCUCCCUGAAGGAGGCUGUAAGGAAAGCCUCAGGAUUCUGGAUGGAGCAGCAGCGUCCUUCCCCUGCUGGUACAGACAACUCAGAUCAACACAGUGCAUCUGAAAUGUCACCAGGUCCACCAACACCUACCCCAUCUCAGACUCAUCCUGACCGCACCCCAACACCUACUCCAGCGUAUCUUACCCAAGAACCAGCAAGCCCUCUUAAUCUCUCUAGUUCAUCAUCAGCGCCUAAUCGACCAAGUGCUCCAAACACACCGGUGCAUUGUAGUACCCCAUCUGCACCUUCUACCCCACCCAUCACUCACACCACUAGUACCCCUACUCACAUGGAGCUACAAACCCCAUCUCCACCCCAGCACUUCCCUGAGUUGCCACCAGUUCAUGAACAAGCUGCUAUGAUUGAAUUCUUAGACACCUUUGAGUUAACCAGACAGGUCAAAGCCAUACUCCAGCAGCAAGGUGUUGGACAGAAAGCAUUUGGGGAAGCAGUCUUGGGAUUGACGCAAGGAUCAGUCAGUGACCUGUUAUCUAAACCUAAGAUGUGGUUGAAAUUGAGCAUGAAAGGAAGGGAACCAUACAUUAGGAUGUAUCUCUGGCUUCAGGAUAAGGAUGGAGUAGAGAAGGUCAAGAGUUACCGACCGGUCAGAAGACCCAAACGAUUUAGCUUUGUAGACCCAAGGGAAGUGUCCCUUGUUGGUACUCCAAUGAAGAAACCUCGAGUUCUUCUAUCACCAGAAGAGAAAGAAGCCCUUCUUGCCUCCUACAACAGUGAACCAUACCCAUCUCAGAGUGCUAUUGAGCUGAUAGCAUCUGAUCUUAAACUGCCUGUUUCUACCGUCAUCAACUGGUUUCAUAACCAUCGAUCUAGACUCAAGAGAGGACACAGCCUUGUUGAAGAUGCUUCUAACUUUAUGAUUCAGACUGCAGAUGGUAAUAUCAUAGGACCUGAUGGAAUGACUGCAACACAUGCUAUGAUUUAUAAUACUGACAUGACUGAACCAAAUGAAUCUACAUCGACACCACCUGGACCAGAUGACUCUCAGAUGAGCACAGAGUCCUCUCCAAAAGCCAUCAACGGAAACGUCAUGGUAGAAAUGGCAGAUGAACGCUUGAUUGAAGCAAGUAGUCUGGAACCCAUACAAACCACUCCAAAUAGUGAAGAGAAAUUAGCUUUGCCAUCACAGCUUGAUGAUCCACCUCAACCAUCAGAGAGAUGCACAGAGACUGGUCACCAGGCUACAUCACCCAAACCUUCUACAGAUCGUAAGAAUGUUACAAAUGGAGUGAGCACCCCACCUCGACAUCACAAGGAAUCUAGAGCAAGUCGCCAGAGUAAGAAAGCAGCAAGACGAGAACAGCUUGGUAUCAUGAGAGGAAUGAUUGGAAUCCCUCAGGAUCAAGUAGUUGUUAAAGAUGCUUAUAGUAUCUUAGAGAGGUUGGAAAGUGGGGUAAGGGAUGGGUCCGGAGAUGAGUGGGAAUUCUAGUCAACCUUGCCCCAAACACUUAGCAAUCAUCAAAGAAAUUUACUAGAUUCAGAAUAUUUGGUUGAAUGGAUCAAUGUUAUCAUACUUAUUGAAUUAGCCAACUAAUUAUAGUUUAUUGACACAACCACUGCCAACAUUUAAUAUGCUGCUUAUCUAUGAGCAGAACCAUUAUCAAUUGAUUUUGUUUCUUUCUUGAAUCCAGUUUCUGAUUUUGAUCACCAUUCAAAAUGACCCUUUAGUCAUUUCAACCAAGAACUUAUGCAAUUAGUAAAUCAAUUUUUUAAAUUUCAGUACAAUGAAUACAGUUUGUUGUAACCUUUGAAAAUUGCCUUUUACUCCGUCAUCCCACCUUGUAAAACACAAAUAAGAAGCCAAUACCUUUGUUGGGGCUUGAGGGUUGUAGCUUUAGUGGCAUGUUGGAGGUUUAGUAGUGAUGUAGCCACAGCCAUAGCCAUAGCCAUAGUCAAAAUGCAUCAAGUUCAGAUGCUACAAAUGCAUUUCCUUGUAUCCAGAAUCCACUAAAAGUAAUAAAUACAGAAAGGAACAGAAAGAAAGAAGACCUUUUCACUGAUACCUCCUAUCCUUUGUUUAGUUACAUCAUUAGGAGGUGAAGACCAUGAAGAACAAGAUAACUGUAUUGUGAUAUAGGUUAAUAACCUGUAGAUAGUAAAACAAAAAAGGCAUCUACGUAUUCUGAACCUGAUUGUUCAUGUUCACAAAGUGACUGCUUUACUGCAGUGAAACACAUGCCUUUGUUUCUAUUCUUCAUUUGCAUGAAACAAAUGUCCUUAUUUUGUACCUACCAGGAAACAAAUAAGACCUUGAUGGUGGUUCAGUCUUCUUGAUUUUACUUUCAUUCAUUAAACUAAAUGAAGACUGGAACUAAAUGAAGAUUGGAAGUGUAAGUGGUCUGGUUCUCUGUUUAUAACUUUAUAAUCUGUAUCCAUCAUUAAGAAUGAUGUGAAGGGUAUAAUACAAAGAUGGCUGUAGGUGGAUACUAGUCUGUUUGAAACAGUGAGGUUAAAUGAAUGUCAAACGGAAUCUUCCAAUAAUCUUACAUGUAUAUCUUAAUCCUUCCUUUGAAGAUCAGAUCCUUUGCCUAUCUACAAACAUUCUAUCUCCCCCCCCCUCUUUAUUAGGGAUUUGUAAAUCAGUUUUUCUCCUGGAAUUAUAUUUGAUUCAAACUUACUUACAUUAAUUGCAUUACUUCGAUGCAUUUUAAAGAAGACAAAUUCAGGUAUACAGAGCGUAAUUAUUAAGUAGUACUUGCACAUUAUUCUUGUUAAGUUGUACAUGUAUUCAUCCCCCCUCUUUUCACUCGUUGUUUCAAACAAAUUUAUUGGAGAUUUGUUUUUGGCACCAAAUGUCGCACUGGAUCUUAAGUCCGAGGUAAAAGUAACUCAAUGACUUCACAGCCGCAAGGAUUCCUUUGCUGAAUGGCCAGAAAUCCAUCGCAAACUAUUCACAAAUUCAUCGCAAGCUAAUUGUGACUGGGGUAAUAGCACAGUAAUUUCAUGAGCAUUGAGAAGCUGCUUAGGUCCAAGUGCCACAUUGAACCUUGUUUUCUGCUUAUGUUUGCUUUAGCAGAUUAGUUUCUGAGCAGUAUUUCCUGCAUCUCGCUGCAUGGACUUUGUUUUAUAAUGGGGGGUCCCAAGUGCACAAAUUUGCUAAGCACCGAAAAACAUGACUAAGCAGGAAAAGUUGCCAGCCAAAAUACCAAGAAAUGUAAAAUGCUGACUAACUACCACAGUAUUGAAAGCACAUUAUUUUGCUAUUAAAGAUAGUCCUAGCUUAGGACUAGUCCUAGGAGUUAUUAAAAACUUAAGGCUAGUCCUAUGUUAGGAUGAGUAACAUGUCCUAA